AUGUUCUCAUUAUCUCCUUCCUCCGCCGCCGCGACCGACACCGCCACCGCCACCAGAACACCGCUCUCGUUUCGUAUUCCUUGGCUCUGCCAUUCGCAAAGAGGAGACCGCCGCCGAUGCAUUCCUCCGCCGCCGCGACCGACACCGCCACCGCCACCAGAACACCGCUCUCGUUUCGUAUUCCUUGGCUCUGCCAUUCGCAAAGAGGAGACCGCCGCCGAUGCAGCCGGCGAAGUCUCCGUUGAUCCUGACAUGGAUGCGGUACAGAGGCGACUCAUGUUUGAGGGCGAAAUUGUACAUUACUACGGUGGAAUUGUAUGUUCCAGGUUCAGCCAAUGGUUAUGCUCCAAUCUAGCGCUUGACCUGAUUGUGCUUCUCGUUUCACAUGCUUUCCAUUCUCAUACUGCUCUCUGCAAGUAUAAUUUUUACGGGAGAAAUGUUGCCAGAAUUUUUAGUUUACUAUUUCUUUCAUUAGUCUUCUAUGCAAGCUUGAUUUCUAUUGUGUUCUUUUAUGAAGAGUACUAGCUUUGAUCGGGUGCAAGGAGCAAUGAAAACUUUUGUAGUAGAUGAAACCAGUGUCAGCGGGUGAGCUUCAUUCUAUCCUCUUGAGUGAGAUUCAGAUAAUGUUUUAAUGUAUUGUGGAUUCGAAUGUUGUUAUAUGAGAUUCAGACAGUGUAAUAUUCAAAUGAAUGCAUGUACAGAUAUUGAAAGAAAUGACAUUUGAUCUCUCUCAUUUAUUUU